UUUUGCAUUUUUUUUUUUUUUUUUGAAAUAUUGGGAGAACAUCAUCCUUCAAGAGGGAUCGGCAUAGGAGGAGAUGGAAGUUUUCCCCGUGCUCUUGGUUUUGUCCGUCUGGUGGUCUCGAACCUGGGAUUCGGCAAAUGCGGAUUCGAUCAUUCACAUCGGAGCAAUUUUUGAUGAAUCUGCCAAAAAAGAUGACGAGGUGUUCCGCACAGCAGUUGGCGACCUCAACCAGAAUGAGGAAAUCUUACAGACUGAAAAAAUCACAUUUUCAGUGACAUUUGUGGAUGGCAACAACCCGUUUCAAGCUGUCCAAGAAGCCUGUGAACUUAUGAACCAAGGCAUCUUGGCCCUGGUCAGCUCCAUCGGCUGCACAUCAGCUGGGUCCCUCCAGUCUCUGGCAGAUGCUAUGCAUAUCCCACAUCUCUUCAUUCAGCGCUCAACAGCUGGCACCCCCAGAAGUGGCUGUGGACUCACUCGGAGCAGCAGGAAUGAGGAUUACACACUCUCUGUCAGGCCACCAGUAUACCUGAAUGAUGUGAUCCUCAGAGUAGUCACAGAGUACGCCUGGCAGAAAUUCAUUAUAUUCUACGACAGUGAGUAUGAUAUCCGUGGAAUACAGGAAUUUUUGGACAAAGUAUCUCAGCAGGGAAUGGACGUUGCACUUCAAAAAGUAGAAAACAACAUCAAUAAAAUGAUCACUACUCUCUUUGAUACCAUGAGAAUAGAGGAAUUGAAUCGCUAUCGAGACACUCUUAGGCGAGCCAUCCUGAUUAUGAACCCUGCCACAGCCAAGUCCUUCAUUAGUGAGGUUGUGGAGACCAAUCUGGUUGCUUUUGACUGUCACUGGAUCAUUAUAAAUGAGGAAAUAAACGAUGUGGAUGUACAGGAACUUGUAAGAAGGUCAAUUGGAAGGUUGACAAUAAUUCGGCAGACAUUUCCAGUCCCCCAGAACACCAGUCAGCGAUGUUUCCGUGGCAACCAUCGAAUAUCUUCGACAUUAUGUGAUCCGAAGGAUCCAUUUGCUCAGAACAUGGAGAUUUCAAACCUUUACAUAUACGACACGGUGCUUCUCCUCGCUAAUGCUUUUCAUAAGAAGCUGGAGGACCGAAAGUGGCACAGUAUGGCGAGUUUGUCAUGCAUCAGAAAGAAUUCCAAGCCCUGGCAGGGAGGGCGUUCCAUGUUAGAGACCAUCAAGAAGGGGGGAGUUAAUGGCUUGACUGGAGAGCUAGAAUUUGCAGAAAAUGGAGGUAAUCCCAAUGUCCAUUUUGAAAUUCUGGGAACCAACUAUGGAGAGGAGCUCGGCAGAGGUGUUCGCAAACUCGGGUGCUGGAAUCCUAUCACAGGUCUCAAUGGGUCACUGACUGACAAGAAGCUAGAGAACAAUAUGCGUGGAGUAGUUCUCCGGGUGGUGACUGUUCUGGAAGAGCCCUUUGUCAUGGUCUCUGAAAACGUCUUGGGGAAGCCGAAGAAAUACCAGGGCUUCUCCAUUGAUGUUCUGGAUGCCUUAUCCAACUACCUUGGCUUCAACUAUGAAAUUUAUGUUGCACCAGAUCACAAGUAUGGAAGUCCACAAGAAGAUGGGACAUGGAAUGGCUUGGUAGGAGAACUAGUCUUUAAGAGAGCCGAUAUUGGGAUUUCUGCAUUAACCAUCACUCCAGAUCGAGAGAACGUGGUGGACUUUACAACACGUUACAUGGACUAUUCGGUGGGGGUACUCCUUCGAAGGGCAGAGAAGACAAUGGAUAUGUUUGCCUGCCUCGCACCCUUUGAUCUCUCUCUGUGGGCCUGCAUUGCUGGCACAGUCCUUUUGGUGGGUCUACUGGUCUACCUCUUGAACUGGUUGAAUCCCCCACGAUUACAAAUGGGAUCGAUGACAUCUACUACACUCUACAACUCCAUGUGGUUUGUGUAUGGAUCCUUUGUACAACAAGGUGGGGAGGUUCCCUACACAACCCUGGCUACUCGGAUGAUGAUGGGGGCUUGGUGGCUCUUUGCUUUGAUUGUCAUCUCGUCUUACACAGCAAACCUCGCUGCUUUCCUCACUAUCACACGCAUCGAAAGCUCCAUCCAGUCCCUCCAGGACCUCUCCAAGCAGACAGACAUCCCUUACGGCACGGUCCUGGACUCGGCGGUGUACGAGCAUGUCCGCAUGAAGGGACUCAACCCUUUCGAGAGGGACAGCAUGUAUUCCCAAAUGUGGCGAAUGAUCAACCGAAGCAACGGGUCCGAAAACAACGUGGUGGAGUCGCAAGCAGGCAUUCAGAAGGUAAAAUUUGGAAACUAUGCUUUCGUAUGGGAUGCAGCUGUGUUGGAGUACGUGGCGAUCAAUGACCCAGACUGUUCCUUUUACACUGUGGGGAACACAGUUGCCGAUCGGGGAUACGGAAUCGCCCUGCAGCACGGCAGCCCCUAUCGAGAUGUUUUCUCACAAAGGAUCCUGGAGCUUCAGCAGAGUGGAGACAUGGACAUCCUGAAGCACAAAUGGUGGCCCAAGAAUGGCCAGUGUGACCUGUACUCCUCCGUAGACACAAAGCAGAAAGGAGGUGCCCUGGACAUCAAGAGCUUUGCAGGAGUUUUCUGUAUCCUGGCGGCAGGCAUUGUUCUCUCCUGCCUCAUAGCCAUGCUGGAGACGUGGUGGAACAAGAGGAAGGGCUCCCGCGUCCCAUCCAAAGAGGCUUCUUCCCUGCAGAAUGAAACCACAAUUUCUGAAAGAAGGAAUGCUUGGCCUUUACAACCCUGUUUGAAACUUGGCAGCAAUACCUGGAGAAGCCAGGCACCCAGCCAGGGUCUGCACCAAUCGGCACAACUGGGAGGACCCCUGGAUGACCCCUAACCUCCAGCGGCACCAGCACCUCUGAUCUCUUUCCCACUUCUUGAUUCCAGGACCCAUUAGAUCCUGAAUACCCAAAACUGGUGAGCUGAUCUACUAUGUACUAUCCUCCAUUAGAGAGUCCUCUUCCAUUCAUGGAAGCUGAAUUCACCAGUUUGUGAAUUAACUGGCAGAAGAACAACAGGACCGCUGCUUUCGGCCCCAGGUAAUGGGUCUUGCCUGCGCUAGCCCGUUAGCCCGAGAGAGAUGCUUCUACAUGGUGGACUUUUUGCCUAUACACCCUGGUCAAGAGCACUCACCCUGAGAUCUCAGUCUGAACCAUCUCAGUUUCACCCAUAGCUUCUACCUGUUCAGAAUUCACAAUCUCAACUCUGGCUCUUGGGAUGUCUGAUGGUCAAGGAUCCAGGGAGAUGUAGAAGACCAAGGAGAACGUGCCUUGGCAGUACUUAGAAAAAGACAGUGACCUCUUCAACCCUUAUUGACUCAGUUGUGGUUGUGUUUAAUCAUUUGGGUUUUUUUGUAACAAAAUUCUCUCCAUUUUACUAAAACAGUAUUAUCUUCGUAUUUACAAAAUGGGCUACUUUCCUCAAUGCCAUUGGACACUGUCUUCACCUGCAGUAGCCCUCAAACACAUACUUUUUGCAUGGAUUCUUAGAGCCUCUGAUUUGAAUCCAUACCUAGUAGAUUUGUCAUUGUAAACAAAGAUCACUUGGAUGACGUUAAUACCCCUUAAAAUUGCAAUUCCUAUGUGUACUACCCACCAUCAAGAUAAGCAAAUUAUCGUUAGUUCCAUUGCCACAUUCAUAUAAAAUAUACAUUCCAGGCAAAUAAUCACUUGCAAAAAAAAUAGGGAAGCACCACAUCAAAAACUUAACUCCUUGUGAACUCAAAUGAUUUUUAUUUUGGAGCUACUAUGUGCCAAACAUUAUAUUAAGUUCUGGGAAUACAAUAAAUAAGUCACAGACAUUGGCCUAAGAAGUUUACAUUGCAGUGGGGAAGUUGGGUAAUUCAAUACCCAAAUGAAUGCUAGAGCAGUGUAGUGAUAGCCAUGAGAAGCCCUUGUCUCUUUUCCUGGGUCACCCAGGGUGGCUCACAGAUUAUCUUUUUAAACACCAAAGCAACCCACAAGAUUAAAGCCAAUAAGCAGUGGUCCAUGGUGGAAACUGGCCAGUUGUACCCUAGUUGAGUGUAGUUGCUAAUGUGUUAUUUCUUAAACCAGCCAACUCUUGUUUUGUUUUUGGUACCGGGGAUUGAACUCAUGACUCUGAGCUUGCCAGGCAAGCACUUAUACCACUGAGCUAAAUCCCCAGUUCCACCACCUGACUCUGGUUUUUCUUUGGGGGGGGAGGUUGUUUGUUUGUUUGUUUGUUUGUUUACUGGGGGUUGAACUCAGGAUCUCACACUUGCCAGGCAGGUGCUUAUGCUGCUGAGCUAAAUCCCCAGCCAACCACCUGACUCUUAAACAGGUUAGAUUUUCACUUACUGUGCAUCUUUUCUGGUUUGUUAUCAAGCUGAUGACUCUGACACUGGGACCAUAGAUGUCUACCAGGUAAAGUCCUCUGACUUUAAGCUUGGGUCCUGGCACAUAUGCGAACUGUGGGCAAAUCACUUAAAUACUCUGGUCUUUGGUCUUUAUUGUUGCAAAACAAAAUCAUUCAAUACUGUACCUACCUCACAAGGUUGUUAUGAAAAUCAAGUGAAAAUGUAUGUGAAAGCACUUUGUAAGCUGUUCUUUUUUUAAUCACCUCAUUUUCCAUGGAUUCUUAAUUCUCCCUACCAAAUACAAUACCAUGAUUUGCCAGAAGGAUAUAUUCUUAGCUACCCCUCAACCUCUGUGAAUGACACAAAGAAAACCAAGGCCAUCCCCUCAUAGACAGAUUUUUUUCAGAAUAGGAAUUCUGAUGCUUCACAGAGUAAAAAAAAAAAAAAAUAUAUAUAUAUAUAUAUAUAUAGUCCAGGACCCUCCAACUGAAGUCAUCUUGCCCUCUAGACAUCCUACCAUUAACACACCACUACACUCAAGUACCAGCUAGCUUUGUGAUAGAUUACCCCAGGGCCCAUGGUGGGGAGCUUACCCUUGGCCCCGAAAAACUAAUCGGACUAUGGUGAUUCCACGAAUAGCCUGGGUUCCAGCUGCCAGUGAAGUCACCAGCCACACCAUUAGACCCAUGCUUUUCAAAAACAGAGUGAGAAGGUUGUUUAAAAGAGACACUGACCCCUAACCUAUUACAGUUGAAAUAAAAUCUAUUAUAGCUGAAAGAAAACUCACUCUCGCUCCCUGACCUAUCAUAGUUGGAUUAGCAAGGAAGCUUCCUAGACACUCAUUUAGAGCAGGGAUUGGGUGACACAUUUCUUGUUUUAACAUCUUUCCCUCAGACCAACUUGGCUCUUGCUGCUCUGAUUCAAACUUGUCUAUUUCCAGCCUUUCCAACAGACACAUGACAAGACAUGUUCCUGAUUUACAAACCAGAGAGAGAGAGAGAGAGAGAGAGAGAAGCAGUGAGUGAUGUCCCCAUUUUUCCUGUCUACCCCCAUGGCCAAACCCUCCCUGGCCUACCAUUUCUGAUGAUUCAACACAGAUUCUGCACUGCCUCAUCUAAUUAGAGAUUUUCUCUCUGGAGCAAUCUUAAUCCAUCCCCAGUAAAAAUUUUGACUCUAUUUUGGUCCUGCUUGAAAGUUUAAAUCGAGUGUCUAUAAAGUAACUACUGAUACCCAGCAAUCAUUUACAUAAGCAGCCUUCUAACAGUUUCUCCAAAACAAAAAACAUAUGAGCAUGUACCUCCAGGAUAAAAGUUCUCCCAAGUAAACAGAAUGCUAACUAUGGAUAAACAUCUAAUAGAAUUUGCAACCCAGAAAUUCUAGAGUAGGGCCAAAAGGUUAUAAUAGACCCAUCCCUCAAGAAAAGGAGCUCAUAGGAAAACUUUUCAUUCAAUGCUGGUAUCAGUUUUCAAGAUAUUUUUACAUGACACACAAAAUAACUCACAAUCUCCUCCUUACUAGAUGUCAGUUAUUCAGUGAACGGAGAAAUCCCCAGAUCUGAAAACUAGAAUAUUGCAUUUUUACUUUAAUAUUUGAAAGAAAGUGGAAACAUUUUUGAACAGUAUCUUAUUUUGUAGUUCAGAGUCCCUGCUUGCUGUGGGAAGGGAGCCAGAGGGACUCAGAGUACCCGCCACCCAAGGUCGGGGCACAGAGCCAGAGGGUCCAGCAAACAGUGAGGCCACGCCAGGAAGGAAAGCUGUCGCUGAAAUCACAGAUCAUGCGUGUGAAAUGGAAUGAUCUCCAGGUCGUGGAAGCCAAACAGAAUAGACAGAUCCAAGUGGGGAAGCAAAUGAAGAUGUGGUUACAGGUAUCACAGUGAAUAAGCCUGCAGAGGAAAUGGGGUCACCUGCCCCCCAUGACGCUUGUCUCACAGUAGCCUUUCAUGUGACUUGAAACAUUACAUCCUAGUUUCCCUUUGUGAAGUAACUCCUGAGUUUUAGUGAUGUUGCUUAAUGUAGCCAAACCCAAACAGAAACCUUUCCUUACCCACAGGCAUCCUUUUUAUCAUCUUGGUUGACAAAAUUUUUCUUUCACAGGUUUUUAAUUUGUUCAUGAAUCUUUCAUAAAUUAUUUUAUCAAUAAAUUUUUGUCUAUAAAUAAUUUACUUGGUUGAACUUAAACUUCUUUGGUGAUUAAAAUUGGUAAUAAAAAUAAACUACUUUGAGUAAU